AUGGCUGAUGCAUUUAAGUCUGGGAAGUCCAGAGCCACAGUCAAUGAUGUUGAGGUUUUAAACGAUGACGGCAUAUGUGGGGAAAGCCACAAAUAUCUGAACACCCAAAGAAUCAGCAGGUCCUCAGAAACGGACCACCAAUCCUGCUCUAGUGACUUCAGUGAGGUUGAGGCUGAGUUUAGGGAUGAACUCCACAACUUUGAGCUUUCAGAUGAUGACGACACAGAGAAAGGUGCAUUCAUGACAACCCACAAAAUCCACAGUUCUUCAGAAGCAGACCUUGAAGCAGAGGACGAAGAGGAUUCCGUGAGGGAACCCCUGAAAUCAACAAAAAAUAGGGCUGGUGUGUUUCAGACUGGGAGGUCUAGAGGCAGAACGAAACACUUUCAGCUUUCAGACUCAUUCUUGAACACCCAAAGUAUUCGCAACCAUUUAAAUGACGACCACCAAUCCUUGUCUGAUUACUUCAAUGAGGUUGAAGAUGAGCCCCCCAAAUCAACAAAGAAUACGACCGAUGCACUCAAGGCUGGAAACUGUAAUGAUGAGGAGCUUUCAUAUGAUCAAGGCAAAUCAUCUCUGAACCCCCAGAGAAUCAGCAGUUCCUCCGAAUCAGACCAUCACCCUUGCUCUAGUGACUUCAGUGAGGCUGAAGAUGAGUUUAUGGAUGAACUCCAUAAAUCAAUAAAACAUAGGGCUGAUGCAUUUAAGGCCGUGAAGUCUAUAAUCACAAUGAACACAGCUGUGCUUUCAGACGACGACGACGACACAAACAAAGAGUCAUUUUUGAAAGCCCCCAGCAUCUGCAGUCCCUCAGGCGUAGACCGCUACUCUGACUCUGAAGAUGAUUCUGAGAAGAAACUCCUCGAAUCGACGAAAAAUAGGGUCAGAAAUGCAUUUAAGGGUCGGAAAUGUAGAGCCAGAAUUAGCUAUGCUGAGCUUUCAGGCGAAGAAGGCAGGAAGAGAGACUCAGAGCACCACAGUGCCUCAGAAGCAAGCCACUACUCCCAUUCUGAUGAAGAUGUUGAUCAUUCUGUGGAGGAGAUCUGCAAAUCAUCAAUAAAUACUGCGGAUGUACAAAUAGCUGGAAAGUCCAGAGCCAGAAUGAAAGACUUGGAGCUUUCAGAUGACGACAGCUCAAAGGAAGACUCAUUCUUGAAAUGUCAGAGAACCAGCAGUGCAAAAGCAGGCAACCAUUCCCGCUCCGGUGUCUUCAAUGAGGUUGACGACGACUGUGUGAAUGAACUCCUCAAAUCAAGAAUAAGCAAAGCUGAUGUGUUAAAGGCUGGAAAGUCCAGAGCCAAAAACGAACCGGUUUCUGAAAUCAAUAAAGCACAUCUGUCUAUCUAUCAAUCUUGUAAUGACAUUGAACGUCCAGUGGAUGAGGAGACAAUGAAACAGUCAUUCCAGAACAUGCAAAAAAUCCACAGUCCCUCUGAAGCAGACCUCUACCCUGACUCUGAUGAGGAUGAAUAUGUUUCUGUAACGGAACCCCCCAAAUCAAAAAACAGGGUUGGUGCAUUUAAGACUCAGAAGUCUAGAGCCAGAACUGAAGACGUGGAGCUUUUAGAUGAAGUUGCCUUCCUGGAGAUGCAAAGAAACAGCAGUCCUUUAGAAAAGUCGAGUCAAAAUGUGAUGUCAGAUCCCUCCAUUGGUGGACAUAACACUAUAAAGACUCGACAUCUAUCAAGACUGGACUUUAAACUUGUGCCUUUAGCAGAUAGUGCUGCAGAGAGGGAGCCACCGAGUCCCGCUACUCAAGUUGCAGAGAAGUUUCUUGAAGAAGCCGUAACCCAGGACCUCGACAGGUCACGUACUCCCUCUAUCCACUCCGCUCACACAUCCAACCCCACUGCCGUGAGGAGCUGUAGUCCCGGGUUCCAUCAACCUUUUGAAGAAUUUAAUGAAGACUUGGAUAGUCACUCAGUUCAUUGUGUCGCUCAAUUCUCACACAACCAGGAAAGAACAUCUGACGCCAGGAUUUCAAGUUCUCAUCCAGAAAUCAAUAAAAUCGAAACAACCAAAAAUCAAUCCAUCAAAUCCAAAUUCCAGAGAACAUGCUCUAUGAAGAUAGAACCAAAGUAUCUGGGAACGCUCAAACUUUUGGACCAAAAAGUUUUGCAAACAGAGUCUGAGCCCCUUACUGUAAAUGUACUCAGAGCGGCUGUUUAUCACAGAUGGCUUAAAAUGAAAAAUGAAAAGUCGAGAGAGAACAUGCAAACAAAGAAAGAAGAGGAAGAAAUCAAGAAAAAGACAGAGCAAGCGAAAAAGGAAGCUGCUGUCGCGUCAUAUGAAGCUUGGGGGAAAAGGAAAGCGAGUCUCAAAGCGGAGGCCAAACAACAGCAAGUCAUGAGGAGAAAAGAGCAGCAAGCGAGCAGAAGGCGAAAAGCGGAGAAAAGUCAGUCUGCGAAAAGGGAAUUUGAAAAAUGGAAGCAGGAACACGAUCAUCUGCUAAAAGAGCGGUACAGAGAAGAGAAAGAAGCUGAAAAUGACUUGAAGCUCAAAAUCAAUCAAGAGAAAUGUGAGAAAACUCGCUCUGCUCAAAAAGCAUUUGAAAAAUGGAAAAAGGAACAUGAUCAUCUACAAAAAGAAAAGUGCAUAAAAGAGAAAGAAGAGGAAAACAACCUAACGCUCAAAAAGCAAAAGGAGUGGCUGGAGAAACAGAGGAAUAACGAGUCGAAUUUCCGCAACUGGUGUGAAAAGAAGCAAGCCAUGACAAAGUGCCAAGACUUUAAAAGAAAGCAAGCAGAGGAGGAACGCAUGAGAGAAAAAGAAGAGAGAGAUAAAAAGGCUUUGGAGGCGUAUGAAGACUGGCUGGCAAGAAAAGAUCUCAAACACAGGAGCGAAGAAAAACUAAAGACGGCAAACUUCUACCACUGAAUCCUCCAAAUAAAACUACAACAUUUUGAAAAGUUAAAUAUCACCAAUGCUGUGUUACAUUUUAAGUUUGGUUACCCUAACCUGACUUGACAUAAGA